UGAGGCUCAUUUAACCUUAGUCUGCGAUAUAUGUGGACCAAUUGUUUCUUCAGUGGCAGCUUCAUUGAAGACACUUCAAAUAAAAAUAUGGAGCCUCAAAGAGAAACCUUGGAGACAGCAUGGCAGUUGUCUUUAGGAAGCUAUCACAUUUCUGAGGAGUAUGGCUUUUUACUUCUAAAUCCUCUGAAAGAACUUCCAGAUCAUUAUAGGCCUUGGAUGGAAAUUGCCAAAAAACUUCCUCACUUGAUUGAAAGUCACCAGCUCCGAGCUCAUGUCAACAAGAUGCCCCUCCUGAAUUGCCAGUUCCUUAAAGGGUACCGGGAACAGCGCCUGGCUCACUUAGUCCUGAGCUCUAUUACCAUGGGAUAUGUCUGGCAGGAAGGAGAGACACAGCCUAUAGAGGUGCUGCCAAGAAAUCUUGCCAUUCCCUUUGUCGAAGUUUCCAGGAACUUGGGGGUCCCUCCUAUCCUGACCCACUCAGACUUUGUGCUGGCAAACUGGACAAAAAAGAAUCCAGAAGGACCCCUGGAAAUUAGUAACUUGGACACCAUCAUCCUCUUUCCUGGGGGAGAGAGUCUGCGAGGUUUCAUCCUGGUGACUGUUUUGGUGGAGAAAGCAGCCGUGCCUGGAAUUAAGGCACUUGUUCAGGCAAUGCAUGCUGUCCUGCAGCCCAGCCAGGAUGCCCUGCUUAAGGCUCUGCAGCAACUGAAGCUCUGCAUCCAGGACAUCACCAGAACCUUAGGACAAAUGCAUGAUUAUGUAGAUCCAGACAUAUUUUAUGCAGUCAUCCGGAUCUUUCUCUCUGGAUGGAAAGAUAACCCAGCAAUGCCCAGGGGGCUAAUAUAUGAAGGAAUCUCCAAAGAGCCUCUGAAAUACUCUGGAGGGAGUGCAGCUCAGAGCUCAGUACUUCAUGCUUUUGAUGAGUUCCUGGGCAUUCGUCACAGCAAGGAAAGUGCUGAUUUUCUGUACAGAAUGAGGGACUACAUGCCUCCUUCCCAUAAGGCCUUUAUAGAAGAAAUCCACUCAGCUCCUUCACUGAGGGACUUCAUCCUGUCCUCUGGCCAUGGUCACUGUCUGACAGCCUAUAACCAGUGUCUGGAGGCCCUGGCAGAGCUGCGCAGUUAUCAUAUCACCAUGGUGACCAGAUACCUCAUCACAGCUGCAGCCAGAGCAAGGAGCAGGAGGCUAAACCAUCUCCCAGGGCCACCUCAGGCUUUAGAAGACAGGGGCACAGGUGGAACUGCAGCCCUGAGCUUCCUGAAGAAUGUCAGGGAUAAGACCCUAGAGGCAACCCUCCACCCACGUGGUUAAGAGUCCACCUUCUCCCCAGUACAGAGCCUCCACUGGGGGUGGGUAGGUGGACCUGGACAAUGAAGGUCAGGGCUUUGCCUGAAAUUAUGGAGCCCUAUUUACAUUUCUACUCUACAGAAUGCCGCAUUCACCUUUGCUGAGAGCUGUUCUCCUCAGAGAAUUUAUAUGGCCAGUAAGAUUCCUGCCUAACUGAUCACUGUCUAAUAGCAAACAGCUGUGGACACUUGCCCUUAGAUCUCCACAGAGGAGAAAAUGCACCCAAUUCUGUUUGCCAAGUAAUAGAAAAACAAUAUAAAUUUCAAAAACCAAAUAAAAUUGCUCAUGGAUACAUCUCCUUGUUGAUUUCUUUAAAGAAAAAUUUCACUUAAUUUAUUAACUAGCUGCUAAGCUCUGAAUCAAGGAAUAGAACAGGGAUUUCUGUGACCCCAGAGAAGCACCCUUCUCCCUGCAUGUAAUGAAUUUGGUAGCAGGAGUUUAGGAAUGCUCAAGUGGAGAUAUAUAGGAAGAGGAUGUUGAUAAUAAAGACUUGGUGGCCCCCAAUGAGAAAAAUAAUAGUUAAUGACAUGGUACCCAUGAAACUUUUUCCACAUGGUACAUAGAUUUGAAAAUUCUAUUUUAAUUUCCUUUUUUCUUUUUAGAAGCCUUCUUUUUCUUCUUACACUAGAAGUCUGUACUUAUAAAUUGAAAUAAUUGUCCUUUGAAAACAAAUGAGCCAAAUAGAAAUAAAUAGUAAAUCAAUAUAUUCAGUGGGCAAAUAAGUGUAACUUUUUACUAUCUUAGUUUCUAUCUCAAAGUUCCCUUCUGCCUGAGAGCAGGUAGUCAGAAAACUUUAAUCUUGCCAAUUUAAAGUAAAUUACAUUAAGUUUGUUCCUGCCCCCAAUUUGUACCCACAAACACACCUGGGAUGGUAUCUAAAUUCCAGGGGCCUCUGCUGUUUUGGGGUCAGAGGGUAAUUCCUAAUCAUUGAGCAGCCUCUGUCUAAGUUAGUGCCUUCCAAGAAGUUGCCUCCCCAUGUGGACACUGGUAAAGUGGAAUUGGCAGCAUGUCUCACCUUGUCUAGAAGGACUUUGGGGAUGAUUUCUGAAAGUCCUAUCAUGCCACUGGAGAAGAAUUCAACUCCUUCCCACAUUUCCUAGGAAUAUUUAGAGAUAUAAGGCUACUUAGGAUAUCUGCCAACCACUCACAGCU